AUGGCACAAGAUAUGAGGAUGGCGUUCCACGAUUGGCCCGCGACUUUUCAAGCCGAAGUCCUCGACCUCAGUUCUUCGCCAGAGAGCACCGCCAGGAUUAUCCAAGACUGCGAUAAGAAAUACGGCCCUAUAUCUCACAUGUAUGCGCUCGCUGGUUGUCCUAAUCAGAAUAGGCGCAACCCGCAUUGGGGAAUGGAUACGACCAUCGACCUGGUGAAGAUUAAUGUCUUGGGAGUCGUCUCUGCCGUCCUGUCCAUGUACGAAUGCAUGAAGUCUCGUCGCUACGGAAAGAUUUGUAUCGUCGGCUCUAUUUCUGAGAGGAACAGCCCAUCCAACAUGAUCUCCCACGCAUCCACUAAAUCGUUCAUGAUCACUUUCGCUUCCAAGCUUCGCGUCCGCGCUUCUACGUCCAACAUCGACGUCGUUAUCGUCGACCCCGACUUUAUCAACAGCGGCAUAGCGAAGAAAAUUGGCGCAAACACUGCUCAGCACGCAGGUCCACAGUUAAUGGCGGCCUUGAUGAAGGAGGCAGUGGAGAUGGGCGGCGUUGGGGUUGUGAACUUACCCAUCACCCAUAGCGUCAAGGUAUACGCACUUCGGGCCCUGAAUCCCAUUUGUGAGGAAAUUUGGAACUGGACGGCGAUGAAGGUGGGACUCGGGAAGAAGAUGACGCGAUCUGGGUGA